CGCGUUUUCAAAAGGAAUGUAAAAUGUGAGGUGAAGGGAGGAGAGCAGCACGGCUAUGCCGAGCUGAAUGAAGCUCCACCAAAAGUGGAAGACAACCCCGCGGACGCGUUCACGGACUCGUCGCUGUUUGCUCACUGGGGGCAGGAGCUGAGCCCCGAGCAGCGGCGGCUGGCGCUGAAGCAGUUCCAGUACUACGGCUACAACGCCUACCUGAGCGACCGGCUGCCGCUGGACAGGGCCCUGCCCGACCUGCGGCCCGGCGGGUGCAGAAACCUGACGUUUCCCGAGAGCCUUCCCGAGGUGAGCAUCGUGUUCAUCUUCGUUAACGAGGCGCUCUCGGUGAUCCUGCGCUCCAUCCACUCUGCCAUCAACCGCACUCCUGCCCACCUGCUCAAGGAGAUCAUCCUGGUGGAUGACAACAGCAACAACGAGGAGCUGAAGGAGAAGCUGCAGCAGUACGUGGACGAGGUGAACGGCCACAAGCCGGGUUUCAUCAAGGUUGUGCGGCACAGCAGGCAGGAGGGGCUGAUCCGGGCCCGGGUCAGCGGCUGGAGAGCGGCCACGGCGCCCGUCGUCGCGCUCUUCGACGCCCACGUGGAAUUCAGCGUGGGAUGGGCUGAACCUGUGCUCAGCAGGAUAAAAGAAAACAGAAGAAGAGUAAUUUCUCCAUCAUUCGAUAACAUUAAGUACGAUAACUUUGAAAUCGAGGAGUAUCCCCUCUCAGCACAGGGGUUUGACUGGGAGCUGUGGUGCCGCUAUCUGAACCCUCCUAAGUCCUGGUGGAAACUGGAGAACACAACUGCUCCCAUAAGAAGUCCUGCACUGAUUGGAUGCUUCAUAGUAGACAGAGAAUACUUCCAGGAGAUUGGAUUGCUGGAUGAAGGCAUGGAAGUGUACGGAGGAGAGAAUGUGGAGCUCGGAAUCAGGGUGUGGCAGUGUGGGGGAAGCGUGGAGGUUCUGCCCUGCUCCAGGAUUGCCCACAUUGAACGAGCACACAAGCCCUACACGGAGGAUCUGACUGCCCACGUCCGCAGGAACGCGCUCAGGGUGGCCGAGGUCUGGAUGGACGAGUUCAAGAGCCACGUCUACAUGGCCUGGAACAUCCCCCAGGAGGACUCUGGGAUCGAUAUUGGUGAUAUCUCAGAGAGGAAGGCCCUAAGGAAAAAGCUGCAGUGCAAGACCUUCAGGUGGUAUCUUGUCAGUGUGUAUCCAGAAAUGAGAAUGUACUCGGACACCGUGGCCUACGGGGUGCUGCAGAAUUCCCUGAAAAGUGAUUUGUGCCUUGACCAAGGGCCAGACACAGAGAAUAUCCCAAUCAUGUAUAUCUGCCACGGAAUGACACCACAGAAUGUUUAUUACACGAGCAGUCAGCAGCUGCACCUGGGUGUUCUGAGCCCCACCAUCGACGACGACGACAACAGGUGCCUGGUGGAUGUCAACAGCAGGCCCAGGCUCAUUGAAUGCAAUUAUGCCAAAGCCAAGAGAAUGAAGCUUUACUGGCAAUUUACUCAGGGAGGCCCUAUCCAGAACCGAAAAUCCAAGCGCUGCCUGGAACUGCAGGAAAACAAUGAAAACGAGUUUGGGUUUCAGCUGGUCCUUCAGAAGUGCACUGGGCAGCGCUGGUCCAUAACAAAUGUCCUGAGAAGCUUAGCAUCAUAGCAGACUAAAUUUUGUACCUGUUCCUUUUGCUACUGUGUAGCAAGUUCUGGUUGUGCCUGCUGUACUGUAUUCCUCCCGCUCCCCAGCCCCCAGCUCCUUCUCUCCCCUUUUUUGUCUCGGAUUUGAUUUUGUGAGUGUGUGGAAACAGGGUUUGUGGGCUGGAAAUGAGACGUUUUUAUUUCACAAUGAUGUUUUCAUGACAUUUAUAGAGAUGCUGAAUGACAGGUGACGGGUAGGCUAUCCUGAAAUAUUUUACAACUGUAAAUAGGAAGCAAAUGGAGAAUAUUUAUAACUCAAACUUUUAUUGAAUAAAAAAGUCCAAACACCA